GACCUUAAAAAUACUCCUAAACAUUACACCUUUCACAUCGAAAAAUCGCAAUGCCCGCAGUCAACGGAGUCUCCAACGGCGUCGCCCGACCCAAGAAGCCAUCCACGAACGGAGCCAGCGCCGUCCCUCAGCACAUCCCCUCGCCUUACGAGGUCAUGGCGUCGAGAAUCGCAAACCGAGUCGCUGAGAUGGCGGAGAACAUUACCUUUGUGGAGCGCGAGAGACCAUCCCAACAACCCGCCUCCCCAGCUCCCAAAGCCAAAAAGCCCCCACGCAAGCUCGAAAUGCGCCUGGGCCAGAACACCUCCUCGCCGACCAACAUCACCUUCAGCGCGCCCUUCCUCGACAACACCCUUGCCAAGAUGCUCUCGCUGCAGGACCGGAUGCUGAAGGUGGGCCAGGAGCUCGCGGCGAGCGAAGACGUCGAAGAGAGUGUGAAGCAGGAGCAGUUCAGGCAGAGUGCGGAGCUGAGCCGGAUCAUUGCACUGAUUUGCGCGGAGAAGGCGAGGCAGGGCGCGUGAGCUGGCGAAUUAAUCGAGAGGGAUGGAUGAGCAUGGCUUGAAGUUGUUUGAGUAAGCGAUUUAUGGGCUUGAGUUCAGUGCAUGAUUCUUGUUACUGAGGCUGCGUGGUUACGAUGCUUGGAUCUCAUCUUUCGUUCGACGACAGCAUUGCGGCAACAAAUUUGUGGCGAACCGGAAUUUUCUUUUAUGUAGUGUCUCAUAAUGUACUAUUAUCAAAAUUCAGUCAGGGUAUCUUGUUACUUACA